AUGAAGAGAACAUUUGUGUUAAUAUUCUCUUAUCUCUCACUUUUUCUGCAUUUCAAUAUUGUAAAAACUCAAAGUAAUAAAGAUGAAGCUUCUCAUAAAUAUGUUAAAUUGACAAAAGAAAAUGACAUAAAGUCAAAGCAUGAAGAUAAUUUAAAAAAAAAAUCCUUUCUUCAACUAAAUUCAGAAAAUGAAAUGCCAUGUACAGGUUCUGAGUGUUUUUGUAAAAGUUAUUAUGAUUUAACUUUAAUUUUAGAUGAAUCAGGAAGCAUAAAGAAAGAUAAUUGGGAAAAUAAAGUUGUUUCUUUUACAGCUAAAACUAUAGAUCAUUUAAAUAUAAGUAAAGAUGAAGUACAUGUAGGAAUUAUGUUAUUUGGUAUUAAAAGUAGAGAUUAUAUCAAUUUUAGUAAAGAUAUAAAGUAUAAAAAAGAAGAACUCUUAAAAGAAGUAGAAAAGCUAAAAGACAAUUAUGGUAACUCAGGAGGUACAUACAUUGUAAAAGCACUAGAAUACGCUCUGAAAAAUUUCACGAAACAUAAAAAUAGUAGACCAAAUGCACCUAAAGUAACAAUACUUUUUACCGAUGGAAAUGAUAGUGUUGCAAGUGAAAGAAAACUUUCUAAAAUAGGCUCAUUAUAUAGAAAUGAAAAUGUAAAAUUAUUAGUUGUUGGAGUUGCUAAAGCAUCAUAUAAUAACUUAAAAUUAAUUGCAGGUUGCCAAAAAACUGAUGCAUGCCCAUUCGUUAUGAAAGAAGAAUGGGCAAAUUUAAAUGAUAUUACAGCAAUAUUAACAGAUAAAAUAUGUGAUACAGGACCUGUGCCCAAUCCAGGAGAACCAGAAAAACCUGAACAACCUGAACAACCUGAACAACCUGUACAACCUGAACAACCUGAACAACCUGUACAACCUGAACAACCAGAGCAACCUGAACCUGAGCAUAUACCAUGCCAUGGUGCUGAGUGUUUUUGUUAUGAUUAUUAUGAUUUAAUUCUAGUUUUAGAUGAAUCAGCAAGUAUAUCUCAUUAUAGAUGGAAAUCAAAUGUUAUUCCUUUUUCACAAGAGCUUAUAGGAAAAUUAAAUAUAAGUUUUAAUAAAGUACAUAUAGGAGUUAUUCUGUUUGCAGAAUAUAUUAGAGACUAUGUUAGACUUUCUGAUAAAGUGAGCUAUGAAAAAGAAAAUCUACAAAAAAAGAUAAAAGAACUUGAAGGAGAUUAUAUUCAUGGAAAAAAAACACAUAUUAUUGAUGCUCUAGAAUAUGUGAUAUUAAAUAACUUAAGAUAUUCAAGUAGACCUGAUGCACCUAAGGUAACAUUAUUAUUUACCGAUGGUUAUGAUUCCGACCAAUCAGAAGAUAAAUUAUAUAAUAUGGGUUUAUUAUAUAGAGAAAAAAAUGUAAAAUUACUUGCUAUAGGAGUUCCUAUGGCUGAUGAGAAUAAAUUAAGAAUGUUAGUAGGUUGUAAUCAAAAUGAGCCCUGCCCAUACGUAGUCAAGGUUGAAUGGGGGAAUUUAAGAAGUGUUCCAAAACUAAUGAUUGAAAGAAUAUGCACUACAGGGCCAGUAACACCACCAGAAAUUAAGCCACCUAAUCCUGAAACACCUAAUUCAUGUGAAGGAGAUGAAUGUUUUUGCCACAAUUAUUAUGAUUUAACUUUAAUUUUAGAUGAAUCAGGUAGUAUAGGUUUAACUAAUUGGAAAAAACACGUUUUUGAAUUCACGGAAAAAAUUAUAGAAAAUUUAGAAGUUGAUGAAAAUAAAGUACAUAUAGGAAUUUUUCUAUUUGCUCAAUUUAAUAGAGAUUUUGUUAAAUUUUCUGAAGAAGAAAGUUAUAAAAAAAGUAAUUUAAUACAGAAGGUCAAAAAUCUAGAGAAUGAUUAUAAAAAAGGAGGAUUUACAUAUAUAGUAAAAGCAUUAGAAUAUGGAUUAAAUAAUUACACAAGAGAUCCAAGUAGUAGAACAAAUGCACCUAAAGUGACAAUAUUAUUUACUGAUGGUAAUGAAUCACAUCCUAGGGAUUAUGUUUUAAUAGAUGUUAGUUUAUUGUAUAAAAAAGAAAAUGUUAAAUUAUUGGUACUUGGUGUUGGUUCAGCCACCAUGUACAAACUAAGAUUAUUAGGUGGAUGCCACAAAACAGAUGGGGAUUGCCCUAAUGUUUUAAAAAUAGAUUGGGAUAAGUUAAAAGAUACGUCAACAUUAAUGAUUGAUAAAGUAUGCAAUACAGAAGCUACAGGUGAACCAGAAGAAAUUCCACAACCAUGUAAAGGUGAUGAAUGCUUUUGUAAGGAUUAUUUUGAUUUAACUUUUAUUGGGGUUCCAUCGAAACAAGGAGAUUAUAAGCUACAAAAUGAUAUUUCUUCAUACGCUGAAAAUAUAAUGAAUACUUUUAAUAUUGGUGAGCAAAAUGUUCAUGCAGCACUUUCUAUUUAUUUAGGAAGCAAAACCAUUAGAACAUAUUUUGAUGAUGCAAAUACUUAUAAUAAAAAGGAAUUAUUAUUGAAAUUACGAAAAUUUGAUAAUUUAUAUGCGAUGAGUAAAACAAACAUUGCACAUGCUUUAGAAAUGGGGUUAAGACAAUCCUUUGGAAAUGGAAAUAGAGAAAAUGCACCUAAAAUUGCAUUAUUACUAACAAGUAGUGAUAAUGAUAUAUCUGAAGAAAGAAUGUUACAACAGGUAUCAAAUAAUUAUAUAGACAAACGAGUUAAACUCUUAAUAAUAGGAGUAGGAAAAUUACCUAUAGAAAAGUUAUUUAUUGCAGGAGGAUGUAGCUUAAAUUCUAAAUGUCCAAAUGUGCUACAAUCAACUAAUUUUUCUUAUUUUAAUACAACCAAAAGAUUUUUAGAAGAAAACAUAUGUAGCAACAACGUUGAUCCAGUAACACCUCCAGUUUUUUCAUGUGAUGAUCCAUUAUGUGAAGAAUGCGAUGAUGAUUUAUGUGACAACAAUACAUUAUGUAAAAAGGCUUUAGAUAUAGCAAUUGUUUUAGAUCAGUCUCGAAACAUUAGCAAUGAACAAUGGAAAACAUAUGUAAAACCAUUUACCAUAAAUACAGUAAAACAAAAUUACUUGUCGAAAUAUAGGACUCAUGUUACAAUAGUAAAAAUGAGAAAACAUGCAAAAGAAAAAUGGUCACUAAAUAGGAAAAUAAGUUAUAAAAAAAAUAAGAUUAUAAAAAAAAUAGACAAUUUAUUAAUGUCUCCUUCAAGUCAUAAAGAUAUAGCUAAUACUUUUAAAUAUUUAAGGACGAAUGUUUUUAGAAAAACACCACAAUAUAAAAAAAAAGUAAUUAUAAUGUUAAUUGAAGGAAAAUCAAAUACUGAUCUGAAUAAUUUAAGAAGAGAAAUUGAAUUAUUAAAAAUAAAUAAAAUUGAUCUUUUUGUAUAUGCAAUAGAUAACAUUGAUGAUAAUGAAUUUAAAAUACUUGGAAAUUGUGAAAACUCUUCAUGUAAAAAUAUAGUUAAGGUAUCUUGGGAUAAUUUAUUGUCUACUUCAGAUACACACAUGAGUUAUAUUUGUAAUUAUUAUCCUGACGAUGCUGAAUGUACUGAAUGGGGUGAAUGGAGUCAAUGCCCUAAUACAUGUCAUCAUUCUGUUAGCAAGAGAGAAAGAAAAGGUCCUUACACAUUAAAAGGAGAAGGAUUCAAAGAUAAUCAACAUGGUAAUUCAUGUAUGAAAUUGGGUUCCAUUGAAUAUAGAUCAUGCCCCAUAAAAGAAGGAUGCAAUGAUAUUUGUGGAGAUUUUGGUGAAUGGAGUCAAUGUAGUGCUACUUGCGGUGAUGGUAUUAGAAUAAGGGAAAGAAUAAAAUUAUCAGACACUGAAGAAUGUAAAAUUCUUAAUACAACCGAAAUUGAAUCUUGUAAUGUUCAAGAUUGUUUUGAUACUGAAGUAUGCGAGGAAAUUGGAGAAUGGGAUGAAUGGUCUUCAUGCUCAAAAACAUGUGGAUAUUCUACGAGAGAACGAAAAUUCAUCAUAUUACCAGAAUCUAUAAAAAUGUAUCCAGAUUGUAAACAUAAAGAACAAGUUGAAAUAGAUGUAUGCUCUGUUCCAAAAUGUGAUGAUGACAAAUGUUUUGAAUGGGGAGAUUGGAGUGAAUGGUCUUCAACAUGUGGACCUAGAAAAAGAGUUCAGAAAGCACACUUGAAUAUUUAUUUGUCUAAUAUUAACGAUAAGAGUAAAAAAUCAGAUGAAUGCGAAAAAUACUAUAGAGAUAAAGUUGAAUAUGAUGAAGAACUCCCUUGUACUGAUAAUCCAUGUGGAAAAUGGUCAGAAUGGUCAGAAUGCGACAGAACAUGCAAUGCUGGUGUCAGAAUGAGACAUUUUAUUUCUCAUGUAUCAGCUAUUAAUGCAGAUAAUACUGAUGAAUGUUUAGAAUACUACAAUUCCAUAGAAACAGAGCCAUGUUUGAAUUUACCUCUAUGUAAUACAGAGGAAUGUAAUGAUUGGGAAACAUGGAUUGAUUGUAAAGAACAAGAUUCUUGUUAUAAUCAAAAUAAAAAAAUAUUCACAAGAAAAGUAGAAUUGUUGAAGAAUUUAAAAAAUAAUGUAUCAGAAUUUUGUAAUGAUUACGAACUGUUUAAAGAGGAAGAAUGCCCUAUAGCAAAUAAACCUUGCAAUGACGCUUUAUGUAAUGAAUGGGAUGAAUGGGGAGAUUGCUCAGCUACUUGUGGAACAUCAUUCAAGGUCAGGACAAGAAAAGAACCUUUGGAAUUAAUAUCACCAUCAAAGGAUAUAAAUGGAAAUAUGGGUUUAACUUGUGAACAACAAAAUAUAAAAGUAGAAGAAAGAGAAACCUGUAAUGUCCCAGUAUGUGCACCAAUUAUAGGAGACACAGUUAAUAGUACAAAUCCAGCUGAAGGUAGUGAACAUAAAGACAAUUCAAAUAAAAAAAGCGGUUUUGGAACAGGUGAAAAAAUUUCUUUGGCUGCAGGUGUAAUCGGAUUAAUAGCUCUAGCAACGGGAGGUUUAAUAUAUGGAUACAAUACUUUUAAUGGAGGAGAAGUUCCAGAUACUUCUAAUAUGGAAUUUGAAAAUGUUGAAAAUAAUACAGGUGAAAUUGAUGAAACAAAUGAAGAUUUUGAAGUAAUUGAUGCAAAUGAUCCCAUGUGGAAUUAA